GCAUUGGGAGCUCACUCGCUGGUCGUUGCCUGCUGCGGAUUGCCCCCAGGCGGCCCCACUCACUCCGCUGUUGAUAUUUCGUUUGGUUCUCCUUUCCGUCUUGUCCGUCGCCGAGGCCUUCUUCCCCUCGCUCCCCAGCUCCAGCAGGCAGAUCAGAUCCAUCCAACCACGAACAGGAAGGAAGGUAGGAGGCCUGAGGGGCUGAAGUUGAACCAUGAGUGCCGUCGCGGUUUCGUCGUCGCUGAACCCGAACGCGCCGCUCUUCAUCCCGGCGGCGCUGCUGCAGGUGGAGGACUUCUCGCCGCAGUGGUGGGACCUCAUCACCACCACCGCCUGGUUCCGCGACCACUGGUCCCGCGAGCACGCCCACCUGGACGAGAUAGCCGAGCAGCUCGAGUUGGUCGCCCUCCUUGCCUACGAUGAGGAUGAGGACCUCUUCUACGGCGAGCAGGCCCCCGCCGCCGCCGCCCUUAAGACAGAUUCGGUGCUCAAGGCGCUGAACUUGGGUUCCCCGAAGAGCGGCGACGCCCCGCGGGGGUUCCGGGAGAAACCCAGGCACUCCGAGAAGCCGACCAAGUACGCCGGCAGCCCCAAGAGCAGCGCUCCUCGCGUGAUCCACCAGCCUCGCUAGGUUCGCUGGCCGGCCCCUGAUGGGGACUCGGUGACUCACAUGGAAGGCUGCUGCCUCUCUAGCAGCAUCUGCUACUGGCUGCAGCUGCCGUCGGCGUCGUGGUCUGUCUGUCAAAGUCGAAGUAAAAAAACGUGAGUAGUUGUACUACUGUAGAAGUUUCUUUUGUAUAGCAUGCACGUAAGAAAUGACCAAAAAAUAUAACAAGAAUGCAGCUGUUAGUUUACUGCUGCUCUCCUCGUGUGUCUAGGGUGCACUUCUGUAAGCAAACGUAUAUGAUGUGUAAUGGCAGACAGCUUAAUGUUACAACUAGCUCUUCUA